AAGGAGAAGAAAUGUAUCCUACGGCGAACGAUGAAAUUUCGGUUCAGAACAUUGUAUCACCAAAAAAAUGCAAGACUGGAACCACAAUGCAGAUGGGGGGUGAAGAAAUUCUGGUGCAAGGCUAUAAAACAUCAAGGAAAAGUCGAACAAAUGAUGAAAUAACUUUAACAAAAAGAGAAAGGAGAAUAUUAAAACGUCUACAAGAAUCAAAAAUCACGAUAAGGAGAAUGGCAAAGUCUUUAUUAAAUUUGGAUAAAUUAGACUCUGAUAUCCUUAAAUCGAUUGUGGAAAAUGCAGUCAAAAAUUACAAAAAAGCCCCACACGGAAAACGAUGGCAACCGCAAAACAAAACCUACGCUCUGUCUAUUUUUAAGCGUUCUCCUAAAGCAUACCGGUAUUUGCAAAAAAUGUUACCACUCCCAAGCACACGAUCACUUCAAAGGCUUUUAAAAGAAAUCCCUAUGGAACCUGGCAUUCAUUCUAAGAUUAUACAGAUAUUAAAAGAAAAAUCUGUAGAAAUGGAAGAUGACGAAAAAUACUGUGUGUUGUUUGAUGAGAUUGCCUUGAAGAAACGACUGAUCUAUAAUGAAUCACUAGAUAAGGUUGAAGGCUUUGUUGACCUGGGAACUGGUGAAAGUAUGGGCAGAAACAACAAAAUUGCAGGACAUGCCUUGGUAUUCAUGAUACAAGGCCUGAAACAGAAAUUUAAACAACCGGUAGCGCAUUAUUUUGUUGAAGGAACAAUAGAAAGUGAAAAGUUAGCAGUAUUGAUAAAAAAUAUUGUGAGAGCCAUACAAGAGGCUGGAUUCAAUGUUCUUUCGACUGUUUGUGACCAAGGCCCCACUAAUAUUGGUGCUAUUAAUUUAUUAAGAAAAUUUAAUGGCCUGAGUACUGAAGCCAACUAUUUUCUUAUUGAUGAACAAAAAGUAUUCAUAAUUUUUGAUAUUCCACAUCUAUUUAAAUCGAUAAGAAACAAUUUUUUACAAGCUGGUAUUAUGGAGUACAAAGGGAAAAGGGCGAAAUGGUGCCAUUUGCAAGAAGCAGAAGAGAGGAAUAGGAAUUUUUUGAAUUUCAAGAAAAUCACAUCAACAGUUGUGAACCCUACAUAUAAAACUAAAAUGCGUGUUAAAUAUGCAGCUCAAGCAUUAAGCAACACGAUGGCCGCGGUUUUGAAGAUGAUGGCAUGGAGCGACCCACGUUCAGAAGAGAUCAAAGAUACUGCCUACAUUGUUGAAGAAAUGGACAAACUUUUUGAUUGCACAAAUGGACCAAAAUCGCCAGAAGAUGUAAAAAAAGGGAUCAGGGAAAAUGUUUCAAAAAAAACAAAACACGUGGAAUCUUGGAAUUAUUAUUUAAAGUAUAUUCAUACAAUUAAAUUUCUAAAGUCAGACUCUCAAAUACGUUUGAGAAAUGUGCGUUGCAUCCAGGGUUUAGAAACUUCUUUAAAGUCAUUAAAAGAUAUUUGGAAUUUUUUACACAGAAAAGCUAGUUUCAAGUAUUUAAAUUUACGCCAACAUAACCAAGAUUCCUUGGAAAAUUUGUUUGGGAAUAUUAGACAGCACAGCAUAACAAACAGAAAUCCAACAUGCAGUCAUUUUAAUGCUGCUUUAAAAUCCAGUGUGAUUUCUGGAUUAACAGGGCCGCAUAGUCGUGGCUCAAAUUGUGAAAUUGACUAUAACAAACUGGUUAUAUCUCAUGCAGAAUUAACUAAAAAAUCUGAGUCUGAAUUAAUGCUUGAAGCUACGUGUCUGAAUGAGAAUUCUGAUAAAGAAGAGGCAGAUGUUUGUUAUCCUAUGCUGUCGCUGCCCGAAGAACCCGAGAUUGAACAUGUCGAAAUUUCUUUUUGCAAUUUUGAGGAACAACCAAUUGUAUAUAGUGAUUCCCUACUGAAGUGGAGUAAAAGAAUGAGGUCCUCCGCUGGUCGCACGAUGGUGGUGGCCGCUUCUGCUGACUUGGAUAUUCCCUCGAAUUGA